CCGGUCGCACUCGUAUCUAUAUAUCUACCUAUUGCACGUAUAUAUAUAUAUAUUUGAGUAGACGUUACUGGGCAUGUUUCAACACUCGACCAACAUCACACUGAGCAAGCGACUCUUGAACGCGUUCGUGAGGGGCAAUGACUCGGGUCUGCGGCUGGCCGUGGACGGACCCCAUGCGACCAUCGUGCACACUCUGGUGACCAUGUGCACCCGCGUCCACGACGCCCUCGACUGCCUCAGCAGUCCCCUCGACGUGGCCGACGCGUCCCAGGCCAUCUGUACGUUCGUGACCAGCUUGGACAUGCACAAGAGCGACGCCGACGCGCUCCUCCAAAUGUACGUCGAGUGCCGCCGGCUGUUUUACAAGCUGGACGCGGUGCUGGCGUGUCUUGUACGUCGCGUGCUGUGGCUCAGUGUGCUCGUCAACUGCCACACGCGGCGGUCGUUUGUAAAAGGAUGUUUGGCGUACUGCCAUAUCACGAUCCCGUCCCUAGUCGACGCCAUUGAAAAGCUCAAACUCAUGACGUUGUGCGCCAAGAUUGCGUUGGCGAGUCAGUGUCUACCCCAAAUGGAUGAGUUUGUGAAAGCUUCGAUUGUGCUCAUGGCCGAGUUGCCAUCCUCCGACUCGGAGUCCCCCGCCGCGUACGAGCAAGACGCGAUGCACGCCAUGACUGACCUCCUCUCGCUGCUCGUGGUGGUCCCCUCUCCGUCCGACCCGCUCUACUUUGUCCAUGGAUUUCGCAGCGCCAUUUCAAAGUUCCCGUGGCAGUCGGCGCUGGGUAACCGCGCGCGCAUGCUGGUGCACGUUGUGACCUUCCUCGCUGCGUGGGUGCCCGAUCAGGAUCUGCCGUAUGCGAUAGGUUACGUUCCUGCGAACGAUGUCAUAUUUGGAGGAUGCGCCAACCUCCCACUUUCCCUCUCUGACAUGCUCGCAUCAGUCGUCCAGCGACCGAGUAGGAAAUCCUAGCGCACGUGCACGACCUCUUGCAGACCCACGACGACCAUAUCGUAAAUCUCCACAGCGAAAUCCUCUUGGACCUGAUCAACGCACUCGCGGCGUCUGUGGAACUCAACGCGCACGCGUGUGGCCACCUAGUGAAGCUCAUGAUGGGCCUUGUCGCCCACCACGCGGUUCUCCACGACGACAUCAAGAAGUAUUGGCGCAACACCAAGACGUUCCUCGUCCGCGGCGCCGACCACCCGCCAGCCGCCCUCGGCCCGCGGCACGUCGCGCCGUGGCAGCAACUUGGCCACGCAUUGCACUCUGUGCAAAUGUUGUGAUUUGAUCCCAAGAAAAUUCUACACUAUUUGAAGCCUAUUCUCGUCCUACACUAAUUGGAUUCAAAAGCCAAGCACACAGUGACUACAUAGUACUUCGAAGUAAUACUAGUAAACGUGUUGACUCUUUACAG